AUGGUUCGCUUCCUCAAGCCCGGAAAGGUUGUUCUCGUGCUCCAGGGCCGCUACGCUGGUAAGAAGGCCGUCAUUGUCAAGAACUUUGAUGAAGGUACCAAGGAACGUCCCUACCCUCAUGCCAUUAUUACUGGCGUUGAACGUUACCCUCUCAGGAUCACAAGCAGCAUGAGCCAGAAGAAGGUUGCCAGGAGAUCCAAGAUUAAGCCAUUCAUCAAGGUUAUCAACUUCAACCACAUGAUGCCCACUCGUUACAAUCUUGACAUUGACCUCAAGACCAUUGUCACUGGCGAGUCUGUCAAGGAGCCAUCUCAACGUGCUGGAGCUCGCAAGGCUCUUAAAAAGGUUUUUGAGGAGAGGUACAAUGCUGGAAAGAACAAGUGGUUUUUCCAAAAGCUUCGUUUCUAA